UAUUGGAUACGUAUCUUCUAACGUGUCAUAAACAAGUCGAUUCAUUGUGCUGGCUACAUGUUUGGCAAAGAAUCUUUGAAUUCACGUCUUAAGAUGAGGUUUUAGAACUUUGAAACCAUUUAGCACAAGUACAGGGGACUAUGGAGAACAUUCAAAACCUUCCGAUUGACAUUCAAUCCAGCAAGCUUUUGGACUGGCUAUUGGAUCGACGUCACUGUAACAUCAAAUGGCAAGGUGCCAUUAAAGUGAUCAGAGAGAAGAUCAACGCUGCCAUUCAGGACAUGCCUGAGAAUGACGAGAUCAAGCACUUGCUCUCUGGCUCCUACAUUCAUUAUUUUCACUGCCUACAAAUAAUCCAAAUCCUAAAAGGAACCGAAGCGUCAUCCAAAAACUUUUUUGGUAGAUAUUCAUCUCAGAGGAUGAAGGACUGGCAGGAGAUUGUGUCUUUAUAUGAAGUGGAUAGUGUUUAUUUAGCUGAGGUGGCCAGCCUUCUGAUUCGCAAUGUGAGCUAUGAAGGUCCAGCUCUAAGGAAGCAGAUAGCCAAAGCGCAACAGCAACAGCAGGAGUUCAGUCGGAAGGAAGUUGAAUGUCAAAACUCUGCUGUUGACCUGAGAGAACGAUAUUAUGUUGCCUGUAAAGAGUAUGGAAUCAAAGGCGAAAACGUCACACAUGAGCUGCAGGCUCUGGUGAAAGACCUGCCAGUGGUUCUUGAUGAAGUGGCAAAGGAUGCAGUGAAGUUAGAAGGACAUUUGAAAUAUUACACAGCAUUUACAAAUUUUGUUUGUCAGUGGUCGGGGUCACUCUUGCCAAUGCUUACCUUUGUUCUGGACAAAGGAAACAUCACCUUCUAUGAGUGGAGAACAGGAACUGUGCCCACAGUUGUUGAGAGGCCAGUGGUGGUGGAGGCUCCUCCUGAAACCAUGGCAGAGGACACGAUUGAUUGGGGUGAUUUCGGCAAAGACACUGUGGAUACAGUGGUAAAGCUUGAAGAGGGAAUUGACUGGGGCAUCAGUCUGGAGUCAAACUCUGAGGAUGCAGGUGGGAUCGAUUGGGGCGAUGGUGAAUCAGCUCCUAUUGAAAUUGAAGUUACAGGCACAGGAAUAGACUGUCCGGAAGGUGUUGCCAGGGGUGAGGAUGCUCUAUCAAUACUGGAGACCGCAAAGACACGAGGACAGUUCAUUGAUGAUCUGAAUGAGCUGGAGGUUUUCUUGACCCAGCGACUGCGUGAGAUGGCCAUCGAAGAUGAUAUAGUAGCAAUGAACAUGUUCCAAAUGGCACCUUCCAUCAUUCAUGAAAAAUCACAGCAGCAGGUCAAGAAGAUGCUGUCAGAGGUUCAGGAUCUUUUGGGUCGACUCACCUCUCAACGAAUGCAACACCUCUUUAUGAUCCAGGCAUCUCCACGGUAUGUUGAGCGUGUGUCUGAAGUUCUGAGACAGAAAAUGAAGCAGGCAGAUAUUCUGGCUCUGAAAAGCACCACAAUGGUUGAGAAAAGACAGGAAGCAUUAGAAGAGCAGGCGAGGCUGGAGCCACGUGUGGAGCUGCUGGCAGGAAGCACCCGGGAACUCCAGAAACUGAUUGAAGGAGAUAUUUCAAAAAGAUACAACAACAGGCCUGUCAAUCUGAUGGGGGUUCAUGUGUAAGGAAUCUCGUGUUGUGAUUUAACAGGAUUAAAAACUCUAUUUUAUUCACUAUGUUGUAUGUUAUAUUGAAAGAUAGGUUGCCAUGGUUGUAAUGAUUUUCCUAUCUUUCUUUGGUGGUUCAUGUACACACAUCAAUGACAAACCAAAUACAGAUCAAGGAAAUUUCAACUGACUGCUACUGAAUUAUUUAUAUGAGUAUUCUUCCAUGAUCCAAACUAUGUAUUUGUUCAGUGGCGUUGAGGGUGUGGCUCUUUUUUUUAUACAUGUAUAAAUUGUUCCAUUUCAAUAGAAGAAUGCUUUUUACAAAUGAUUCCAAAUAUUGUUUGCAAUCUUCAAGCACAAUAAGUUAAAAUGAGAAUUUAAAAAAAUAGUCAC